GCCUUUAUAACCUUUAUGUUCCUAAUGACGGAGAUAGUACGCGAGUGUCGUCAAAUAUUAAUGCCAUGUUAAUGGUAUUACAAGACUGUGGGAUAGUCGCUUUGUGUCUUCCUUAUCACAUCUAAUACGCCUAUGAAAGACAGCGAUUGAUAGAGGCGAUUGCUGUUUAAAUCUACAAACACUGGUCAAUACUCUUUACUUAAAAAUAGUGGCAUUUUUCUAAUUUAGUUCUGUAGGAGAUUUAAGGAGAUAAACAUGAGUUUAGAAAUACCGGAUGGGCUUGGCGACCUGUUGCGGGAUUUCACAGUCGCCGUUCUGCGCGAUAGACCCAUAGAUCUACACGAUUUUGCUGUAGAUUAUUUUACGAAAAUUCGGGAGAAAAGACGCCCAAAGUCAAUCCCUAUGUAUGUAAUAGUGGACGAUGAGGAGGAGAACUCCGGGGAACCUGACAAGGACGUGUUUAAACCCAAAUCACAGAAAUCCAACCGGUACGCGAGGCGUCAAUCCGUUUCGGCCGAACGUUACGACCCGGAAGAGGAUAGCGACGAUGAAGACAAGGUCAUUCAUCCGAAAACGGACGAACAGAGGGACAGACUGACGGAAGCUAUUUGUGGGAUUUUACUCUUCAGAUGUCUCGAACUUGAACAAAUGCAGGACGUUUUAGACGCUAUGUUUGAAAAGGAAGUUAGUCCUGGUGAAAAUAUUAUUCGUCAGGGAGAUGACGGCGACAACUUUUAUGUCGUUGAUAGUGGCAUGUAUGACGUUUUCGUCACUUCCGGUGGAGAAGAAAAGAAAAUUCAUCGUUUUGAUAACAAAGGCAGUUUCGGAGAAUUAGCACUAAUGUAUAACAUGCCGAGGUCAGCUACUAUCGUGGCCGUUACCGAAGGUACACUUUGGGCAAUGGACCGGAAGUCAUUCCGAAGAAUCGUGCUAAGGAGUGCUUUCAAAAAACGCAAAAUGUAUGAAGAACUUUUGGAAAAUGUUACAAUUCUUAAAACUCUUGAACAGUAUGAACGGAUGAAUCUAGCAGACGCAUUGAUUUCGAGAACCUAUGAUGACGAGGAAGAAAUCAUAAAACAGGGAGAGGACGCAGACGGAAUGUAUUUCAUAGAAUCCGGAAUGAUUAGAGUGACCAUCCACAAACCGGACGGUACUGAAGAGGAGGUAGGCAGACACACAAAAGGGAAGUAUUUCGGGGAGCUGGCUUUGAUUAACAACAAGCCCCGCUCUGCCAAUGUGUACUCGAUUGGGCGUGUGAGGGUCGCCUUCCUGGAACGGGGCUCGUUCGAAAGACUUCUCGGGCCUUGCUUAGAUAUAAUGCAGCGGAACUCGGAACUUUACAAACAGUACACGGAACAAGCGAAGUGAGUGUGUAUUGUAAAUGUAUUCUAUAGAUUUAUUUCAAUUAA